AUCGUUCCAUCGCUCGCAGCUUGGAUUUAUCUCGCUCUUCUUCGGCUUCUUGUUUCUUGGAGCUGCGACCGUCUUCUACGGGUCCCACUUAUUUGGCCUUCAUUUGGUCUGUUGGAACCAGUGGUAACGGAACCACUUGGGUCCCCCAGUCGGUCCUCCCUUGCGCUGCUAGGUUGCUGGGUGUCGGGUGGCUCAAACUUGGGUCACUGAGGUCCCUGUCUCCGUACAUCCCAUCCGCCAUCCGCUCGUUGUCAAACUCCGAGCCACUGGAGCCCGUCAUCCACUUCCACGUCCACGCCCACGCCCACACCUCCGUGGGCCAUCGCCUCAAAUCCCAAGCAGCCACCUUUGUCACUAGUUCAACAUACGACUAACUACGAGUAGCCACCUGCUUGCCUCAUCUUGUGGCCUUGUCCCCUGGCUUGAUUGUCCAUCUGACUAGCAAACUCGCUACUACCCAGGCAGUACAUUACACGACUCAUCUGCACCAAACUCACUACCUAUCUUGCCCUUCUUUCUAUCUUCACUACCACCAACCUCACUUCAUCCGUCGCUGUAACCGCAAACACACACAUAGCAAGCCCGUCAUCUGUCCUCUAUCCUCCCACCUCUAACCAUUAUCACGCUAUCUCUUAUACUAGUAUCACUCUCCAUACUAGCCCAUCCGCCAUUCGUCAUCGGUCACGAGCCUGGUUACCUGCGCCGAAUCCUCCUCACCCGCAACCUCCAAAUCACCCUCAGAUAAAGCUCCUCUGUUUCUCAACGCACACCCUCCUAGACACCGAGUCCCAUAUUCAACAUGAAUCGCUCACGAUCUGGCUCUGCAACCUCCAACACCGGCAAGGAGCUCCCGGCUGAUAACAUGGCAAUUCAGGUGCAAAUCAGCGGCGAAAAGACAAUCAAAUUGAACGUCCGGCCUGUUCACACUGUCUCCAACGUACUAGAAUUCCUCUCUGCCUCCACGAACCUACCCGCCGAUGUUCAGCUCAUGCUUGACGGAAAGUCCCUAGACCCGUCGACCACGGUGGGAGAGCUCAAGCUCCAAGAAUCAUCAACCCUCAAGCUUUCUUCGCCGUCACGAAGUACCACGCCCACAGAUGCAUCACAACCUCAGCCGCAGCCGCUGCCAACAGACGUGAACAUCGCCCAACCACCACCCUCUACAUCAACGUCAACAUCGUCAACACCCAUACCGUCUGGGGCGGCUACGCCCACAAAAAGGAAGUCGAACAAACCCCGGUGUUCCAAAGACGGCUGCAAAGCGCCGGCUCAACCUAUUGUGGGAGACUGCGGUUUUUGCCAGAAGCGUUUCUGUGGAAAGCACCGUAUGUUAGAGUCCCAUAACUGUGAAGGACUUGAGGAUGCCAGAAAGGCAGACAAGGAUCGUAAUGCAGCCAAGUUGGAGGGAGAACGGACCGUCAUGCUUCGCGGCCUCUAGAGAAGGAAUCAUGACUCCGAAUGAUUUGGAGCGGCAUCCAACACUUCAAGGAAGCUGACAUGCGUGACGGGAAUGCAACAUCUUUUAAUUUUGUUUCUCUGCGACUCGGCAGUAGCGUUGUUACGUGGCGUUUUUCACGGCCUGCACGGCGGUAUACUGGACUUUUUCGUGGGAAGGGAAAGGGGAGGGAAUUCACCACCCGUCUCGGGGUUGGGGCUAGGUCUGUGUCUGGGCUAGGGCUUGGGCUCAUGGGAUCUGGAACUGGGAAUCUCGCCAUGGGCCAUGAACAUGGAAACAGACAAUGUGUUUUGAAUGGGGAUAUUUCCGUCCUGAAAUUCUCGGACUCGUGCUGCAUCCGUUUGUCCCGCUCAUGCUGGGCUUUCUGUUGUGGAUCUUUUCUGCACAAAUCACACGGGGCAUCAACACUCGUGGGACAUCUACAUAUACAGAAGUAGAUCAAUAGUCGCCAUCAGAAUCACAAUCAAGAGAAUUCAACACGAAAAGAA